GGCCCAACGCCAACAGAAGCGCAAGAGCUCGCCGCGCACUACCAACAAAGCAGCCUGUCGCCACCGAGACCUCCCAGCCGACCGCUGAGCUUCUUUAGCGGCUCCGGUAUGGACAAGUCAGGCGGUGCGUUGGGACUUGGGUACUCGGAUAAGGUGCACGAUCCGUACAGCGACGACCCGGCGUUGUCGUUUCGGAGGCCGCAGUCCUAUGCUGAUAACUCGGAUGUGUCGUUGGUGCAUAACGCCCAGGAUAUCGGGCGGGCGGGCGUUUAUGAGGAUUUGGAAUAUGCAGAGCCCUAUGCUGAUGAGGGCAAGAAGGUAGAACCGGAGGAAACGUCCCCGAUGAAACGCUUAUUUGGGACCGGAAAAUACCCCCUAGAUCAGCGGAUAGAAGACAAGAAGCGGGGGAUAGGCAGGCAGAAGUAUCCUUUCGUAGUGUGGGCACUCACGAUCGCUAUGGUGGGCGUGUUUAUAAACGAGCUGGUGGUCAACUCGAGGGCGCAGGGUACGCCUGUUUCGUUGAAGCCGGUGGUGAAUCCAAUGCUGGGCCCUUCCGAAAGUGCCCUUAUCAACCUGGGCGCUCGUUUCCCGCCAUGCAUGAAAAUUGUACAAGGAGUACCUGAGACGAUGCAGAUGGCUUGCUUGAACGAUACGGCGAACCCCCCUAACCAAUUGUGCUCACUUGAGGAUAUAUGUGGUUUUGGUGGCUUCCACAACCAGACGCCAAACCAGUGGUUCCGAUUUAUUACUGCUAUAUUCUUGCACGCGGGCUUCAUUCAUAUCAUUCUGAACAUGAUCGCUCAGCUGACGGUAUCAGCCCAGAUCGAGAGAGAGAUGGGCUCUGCAGGUUUCUUGAUCACCUAUUUCGCGGCUGGUAUCUUCGGAAAUGUAUUAGGAGGAAAUUUUUCGCUUGUCGGUGCUCCUUCCAUAGGUGCUAGUGGUGCGAUAUUUGGUACAGUGGCGGUGACUUGGGUGGAUUUAUUUGCACACUGGAAAUACCAAUAUCGGCCUGUGCGAAAGCUGGUUUUCAUGACAAUUGAACUCAUCCUCGGCAUAGCCCUUGGUUAUAUCCCAUAUGUUGACAACUUUGCUCAUCUGGGAGGACUUUGUAUGGGACUCCUUGUGGGGACUACCCUUUAUCCAGUCAUCAGUCCAACAAAGCGACAUAAACUCGUUAUGUGGGGAUUCCGGUUGGCAGCUAUACCGCUGGCGAUCGUUCUCUUUGUCGUUCUCAUCCGCAACUUUUAUACAUCGGAUCCCUAUGCAGCCUGCUCCGGAUGUCGCUACUUGUCUUGUAUCCCGACCUCUUCGAAUAAUCACUGUCAAGGAACUGGCCUCACGAUGACAUCAGGAGGGUCCAGUAUCUAGUGUUGUUUCCAUUGCGUCUGUACUCCUGCACCUCGCCCCGUCUGAAUCGUACCUAUAAUCUGUUGUUAGUUCCUUCCUUAGCUGUCGUCGUUCACAUGGACAUGGACAUUGCAUUGCAUGGAGUGUGUUUACUACCGGGCUCUUCUAUAUAUCAUUGGACCAUUAUCAAACGC